AUGCCCGGAAAAGUCAAGGCCUAUGAGCUCCAGUCCAAGUCGAAAAAUGACUUAUCCAAACAAUUAACAGAGCUCAAGACGGAGCUCUUAGCUCUGCGGGUACAGAAGGUUGUCGGUGGAUCAGCAUCAAAACUUACCAAAAUCAACACCGUUCGCAAGUCGAUUGCACGAGUUUUGACGGUCAUGAACCAGAAGGCACGCCAGAACCUACGGGAGUACUACAAGGACAAGAAAUACCUUCCCCUUGAUCUCCGAACGAAACAAACUCGCGCUAUUCGCAGACGGCUGACGAAGCAUGAAAAAUCGUUGAAGACGGCCAAGCAGGUCAAGAAGGACCAGAAUUUCCCAGUCAGGAAGUACGCUGUCAAGGCAUGA